UUUCAGUCUUGCCAACGUUGAUCACGAGGCUUUCAGCUUGUUUGUAAACAACCGAGGAAAUAUGUAUGGGUUUGUCAACUAUGCUCUUGAACUACUCGUCAUCAAAACAUUUGGAGAAGAUACGUGGGAAAUUAUCAAGAAGAAUGCACAAGUUCAAAUGGAGGGACAAUUUCUUGUCCGUCAAAUAUACGAAGACGAGCUGACCUACAAUCUAAUUGGAGCUGCAGUAGAUAUUCUAAAAAUACCAGCGAAUACUAUACUGGAACUAUUCGGAAAGACGUUUUUUGAGUUCUGCCAAGACUCUGGAUACGAUAAAAUUCUUCAAGUUUUGGGUGCCACACCCAGAGAUUUUUUGACGAAUCUAGACGCCUUGCACGAUCACUUGGGCACGCUCUAUCCUGGAAUGAAGGCUCCUUCCUUCCGGUGCACCGAGAGACCGGAAGAUGGCGCAUUAGUGCUACAUUACUAUUCAGACAGGCCCGGACUCGAACACAUCGUUAUUGGAAUAGUGAAGACAGUCGCUAGUCGAUUACAUAACACCGAAGUGGAGGUAGAGAUAAUCAAAACCAAGGAAGAAUGUGAUCACGUGCAGUUCCUCAUCACCGAAACAUCAGGACCAAAGAAAAGUCAGCUUUCCGAAACGGUGGAAAUAGAGACCCUAUCUCUUGAACCCAAAGUGAGCCCAGCAACGUUUUGUAGACUAUUUCCCUUCCACAUCAUGUUCGACAGAGACAUGAAGAUCGUUCAAACUGGAUCCUCAGUAGCACGAGUGAUACCUAAGGCGAACUCAUUCAAAUGCAAGAUAACAGAUAUCCUAGAUACUAUCCGCCCUCAUCUGGAUCUGACUUUUGACAAUAUCCUGUCCCACAUCAACACCAUCUAUGUGCUGAAAACUAGAGCUGGGGUUAUGAAAGUCAACGCUCCUCCAGAGUUCCGAUUUCUGAGACUCAAAGGCCAGAUGCUAUAUGUACCAGAGUCAGAUUUGAUAGUGUUUCUAUGCUACCCAAGUGUGAUGAACUUGGAUGAUUUGACCAGAAGAGGAUUAUUCAUCAGUGACAUUCCCCUGCAUGAUGCCACUAGAGACUUAGUCUUGAUGUCAGAACAAUUCGAAGCGGAUUAUAAGUUAACAAGAAACUUAGAGAUUUUGACCGACAAACUUCAACAAACUUAUAGAGAACUAGAUACCGAGAAGAAGAAAACAGAUGGAUUGCUCUACUCUGUCCUACCGAUCACUGUAGCCAAUGAGCUCAGACACCAAAGACCGGUUCCAGCUCGCAAAUACGAACAAGCUACCAUUUUGUUUUCGGGCAUAGUCGGCUUCUCAGACUAUUGCGCUGCCAAUGCCGACUCCAAGGGUGCUAUGAAAAUCAUCAGAAUGCUGAAUGAGCUCUACACCAAGUUCGAUGAUUUAACGGAUCCCAAGGUCAACCCAGACAUCUACAAGGUAGAAACAGUUGGCGAUAAAUACAUGGCCGUAAGUGGAAUCCCAGAACCCUGUGCCACUCAUGCCAAAAAUAUAGCUCGACUAGCACUUGACAUGAUGGAAAGAAGCCAAAGCGUAGUCUUUGAUGGACAAGUAGUGAGGAUCACUAUAGGGCUUCACGCUGGUGAAGUUGUAACAGGAGUAAUUGGUCAGAGAAUGCCGAGAUUCUGUCUGUACGGGAACACUGUCAAUCUGACUAGCAGAACUGAAACUACUGGGGUCCCUGGGAAAAUAAACGUAACCAAAGAUGUUUACAGCAUACUGAGGGAUGGUGAGAACUUUGAUGAGCAAUUCCACUUUGAAUAUAGGGGCCCAGUUCCUAUGAAGGGAAAAACUGAACCCAUGGACUGCUACCUCCUUUCAAGGGCAAGAAUUUAAGGACAAAAUUAGGAACAUUGAUUUCCUAUCCAUUAUAAUGUAUUUUGGCUCGAUGCAUUCAGGAAUAUCGAGAAUGUGGAGAUGUUAAUUUUUCACUUUCUAUGUCAUACAAGCAUAUUCAACCAAGAAAUCCAGAAGAAUCGUAGCUAACAUGAAUUUGCUUUAUAUUAAACAACUAUCGAUUCGCUGUAUAAAAUUUCUGAUAUCUGGGCCAUUGGUAUAUUUCCGCAAUUAUCGUAGUAUACUCAUUAAUGAUAUUGAUAAUAGGCAGUGUACGAGUAGGUUCAAGCAAUAAGAAAAUGAAUUUCGAAAUAAUUAUCUCAAAGUGACCAGUAUAGUAUAUGUAUAUAGGUAUAUUUGCAUCCUGUUUCAAUCCACCAUCAUAAUCUUGUCUAACCUAGCAAAAAUCGAGUAGAGAAAUAAAUGAUUCUAG